GGGAGGAGAGCGGGGCGAGGGCCCCCGGGCCCACCGCAACCCCGAGUCAGGGCUGGGGGACCUUGGAGCUCCCAGGCUUUCCUCUAAGAGGAGGAAACAGGCCCAAGGAGCGGCGUGACUUGGCCAAGGUCGCGCCGCAGAGCCAGGAUUGGAGCCCAGGGCACUGAAGGGAAGGCUCUCGCAUCCCAGCUCCUUCCCAGCAUCGAGGUGGGAGGAGGCCGACGACUCUGGGCUGCGGCCUCCCUGCCUCUCUGCUCUCCCGAGGGCGCGCCCCUCACCCUGUGUCCCAUUUUGCUGCUGUUUCUGCCUGGAGCCCGUAGACCUCAGGAUACAGCGGACUCGGGCUCCUGCUACAUCUGGAGGCCCCCUCAGGCCUCAGGCUCAGGUCUAGAUGUAAUCUUCCCGAUUGGCAGGCCCGGAGGCGGGCUAAGGAGGCAAACUCGGGGGCUGGGGGUCCCCUCUGAGGCCUCCCCGUGAGUGAAGUCAGCCUUAGAGGAAUUGGGAAGUGGAGCCAUCCAAGGCAGCCUGGAAAGACAACGGAGUAGGAAGAGAGCGCACCCUGAGCUGAGGGACAAGUCACCCUUUCGUUUGUAGGAUUGGAAAAGGGCGAUCAAAGGCCUCUUUCUGCGUUAUAGCGAACCGCUCGGGGCUGCUUUGCCCCGGCAGCUGGACAAGCAAACACAGAAAGACAAAGUCCAUUGGGAUGGAAGUGGGAGCCGAGUGAGAAGGGCCAUUUUGCCUCUGUAGUCAAAGGAAAUGCCUGGUGUGACGGGGUCUCGGAGCCGGGUACCCAGGGUCUAAGGAUGACUCUGACCAUGACAGCCAUGAUUCUCGCAGAGGAUCCCAGAUUUCUGCAUUCUGGGCAAUGUCAAGUGCCUUUGAACUUGACCUGACACCCUUUCCCUAGAGGAUGGCCAAGGGGCUCUUGGUGACCUAUGCCCUCUGGGCUGUAGGGGGCCCUGCUGGGCUCCACCACCUGUACCUGGGGCGGGACAGUCAUGCACUGCUCUGGAUGCUUACCCUGGGGGGUGGUGGGGUGGGCUGGCUCUGGGAGUUCUGGAAGCUCCCAAGUUUUGUGGCUCAGGCCAACAGAACCCAGGGGCAGAGACAGAGCUCAGGAGGCAGGACACCCCCUCCAAGUCUUAUUCGCUUUGUUGCCCAGAUGAUAGUGGGCAUCUAUUUUGGCCUGGUGGCUCUCAUUAGCCUUUCUUUCAUGGCCAACUUCUAUAUUGUGGGCCUCCCACUGGCAGUUGGCUUAGGGGUCUUGCUGGUGGCUGCUGUUGGCAACCAGACCUCAGACUUUAAGAAUACUCUAGGGGCAGCAUUUCUUACUUCUCCUAUCUUCUAUGGCCGCCCCAUCGCCAUCCUGCCCAUUAGCUUGGCUGCCAGCAUUACAGCCCAGAAGCAUCGCCGCUAUAAAGCUUCAGUUGGGUCGGAAUCGCUCAGUGUUCGACUCUAUCGCCUGGGCCUGGCUUACCUUGCUUUCACAGGCCCUCUAGCCUACAGUGUCUUUUGCAACACAGCUGCCACCCUCAGCUAUGUGGCAGAAACCCUUGGCUCCUUCCUGAGUUGGUUCAGCUUCUUCCCCCUUGUUGGCCGCCUCACGGAGUCCGUCCUCCUUCUGCCUUACCGGAUCUGGAGGCUGCUGGUGGGGGAUCCUGGGUUCAGCAGCAGCUACUUCCAGGAGUGGGAGAAGCUCUAUGAGUUUGUUAGCAGUUUUCAGGAUGAGAAGCGUCAGCUGGCCUACCAGGUUUUGAAUCUCUCUGAGGGGGCAACGGAUGAAGAAAUACAUGGACGAUACCGAGAGCUUGUGAAGAUCUGGCACCCUGACCACAACCGGCACCGGACUGAGGAGGCUCAGAGGCAUUUCCUGGAGAUUCAGGCUGCCUAUGAAGUCCUGAGUCAGCCCAGAAAGCUCAGGGGAUCCUGAAGGUGAGAAGAAAUUUCCCUUUGGGGAUGGACUCUUCCUGGCAGAGCCAGGCAGCUUGUCCCAGCUCAGCUUUGUCCAUGUGGGUCAUCCCAAUAGCGUUAAAGAAACUGCUUGCAGUGGGGAUGAGAAAAACUUAAAGGAGUAAGAAAGCUAUUGUGGUAGAAGAGUGUGUUUAUGUUGUGAAUUUCUGAAUUCUCAUUAUUGUAUUCCUGACAGUUUCUUCUUAAUAUCAGAUAGUGGGAUGAAAGGCAUAUUAUAAAACUAAUAAAAUAUCUUUUGGAGAAUAUA